AUGGAGUGGGAGCUCAACUUUCUGCUCUACCUGGCGCUCUUUUUCUUUCUGCUCUUCUUACUUUUCCUCCUGCUCUUCGUAGUCAUCAAGCAGCUGAAGAACUCCGUGGCCAGCACUGCCGGGGCGCUGCAGCCCGGGCGCCUCUCGCUGCACCGGGAGCCUUGGGGCUUCUCCCACGAGCAGGGGGUGUGACCGGCGCCGCACGGACACUGGCAGGAGGGCAUGGAGCUGUUCGGGCACCGAGCUGGUUCUCGGCCUCGAUUCUCUGGCCGCCCGGGUUCGAGGGCCAGGCUCGGCUGCCUCGCUGGCAGGUCCGUUUGGAGGUGGGAGGGGUUGGCAA